ACCUCUUCUUCUUCCUCCGCCAAGAUCCGCCAGCGCUGUGUCACUCCCUCCGCCUCCAUCCAGACACCCAGCUGCUCUCACUUGAUAUUUUACUCUCCUCUCUGGAAACCAACAAAACCAAGAAAGAAAAAUCCCACCCUUCUCUGGAUCUCAUCCCUACUUCGUCUACCUUUCCGAUCUCUCACUCAAUCUACCAUAUCCCCCUCUCUCUUCUUGUGGAAACCAACAAAAAGAAGGAACAAAAUGGAAAGGCAGCAGCGUCGAUUGACUCCAGCAAAGGCGGCAACGAUGAUGCCGCGGGUUGAAGGUGGAUCCACCUUAAACGAAAUCCUGGCUACUACGCCACUGACUCCUGCGAACGUUGCCAGCGACAGAAGCGGUGGUGGCGUUUACUUUUUUGGUGAGUAUGGCAUUUUCCAUCAGCGAUGGCAUGAACAACGAGGGCUCCGGUGCCAUUGCAAUGAGAAGGAGGCGGCGAGGCUGCCGGCGAAGGGUGGGCGAGGGAUUAUGGAUGGUGAAUUGGAAUGUGGUGAUGAGUUGGGGAAUAAGAGUCCUCUUUGGGCUUAAUGAAGAGGAAGUAAUUGGAUGUCAAAUGGAGUGAAUUGUGUAGAGGAAGAAGGAGAGAGGAAAGAAAAGAGAGGUAGGUGUAGGAAUCAGUUCGAGAAGCUGAUGUGGUUGGGGAAGAUGAAGAUGGGGGAAAGCAAGGUUUGACCCUUCAUUUUGAUUUUAUUUUGGUUUUAUAUGUUUAAAAAUUAUAAACAAAAAUUAAUCUG